GAAUUCGCAAUCAGUUGCAAAGUGGAACCCGAUUCGCCCAGAUGGCAGCCACAGUCACUCAGAGUCCCAUCCGUCACAGUGCCAGCCAUGGCUACGGCCAGGAGCCGCUCUUCGUUAGCCGGGCAACCAUUCAGCUGCAGUUGAGGUCCCCUGCUGCCCCGCCGCGUAUCUACGAGUGGCAUACACAGGUCGUAACGCCACCCACGCCCACGGCCAGCCCCAGGCCCACCCCAGAGGCGGCGGAAACGGCAGCGAAAUGCAUUAAGCAGGCGGGGAGUGCGGCUACAGCGGCCACGCCCAAACGAUAUACGCCCCCGCGGAUAAUGGGAACCGAAGCGAAGCCAAAGAAUCUUCCACAGACCCUGGGCAACUUCUUCGAGGUCGAGCGAUACGAGAGUGGCUGGAAUCGCGUGACAAAGAGAGACUUCUAGAAGAGAGAGCCAGAAGAUGCAAAGACGGAGGAGGAGCAGGCGGCCUAAUCGAUUAACUUAACCCAUUAAGUGCCAGGAGAAGGAGCUACAGUAAACACA